AUGGUUGUCAGUACGGAAAUGAAGAUGAAAGAACAAGGCAUCAAAGUGCCGAUAUCCAUGCUAAGGGAGCAGUUUCUUUUUUCUUCUGAUGCUGCAGAAGAAUUAAAGGAGGCUAUAUCUAAAAGGAAUCAUGAGUUGGUAUACUUAACGGAUUUUAAUCUCGUGGAUCAAGUAUGGAAAGAAUCAAGGCCGAAGCCUCCAAGCAAACCAGUUAGAGUGCAUGAUGUAAAGUAUGCUGGUUUAGACGUGUCAUCAAAACUGUCUUCCCCGAGGUCAGAACUGAUUGAUGCUGGUUCGGCGGGAAUUGUUGUCUCUAUGCUUGAUGAAGUUGUCUGGCUGUUGAACUUGGUAAUAUACCUAUCUUUCUUAGACAUGCUCCAGUAG